AUGCGCGCUUACUUAAAAAUCACCUUACUGCUUUUAUUCAUUUACAUUGCAUCAAGCAAACCAAUUUCAUCAUCUUCAGAUGAAGAAAAUAACAAUGAAAUACAGUUGGAAAUAGAUCAUGAUAUAGAUGAACUUUUAUCUUCAAGUCGUCGACGCUAUUUAGUAGAUGAUGUCAACGAUGAUGAAGAUACUGAUACUCAACCAGCAGAAGCAGAAAGUGAAUCAGAUGAAGCAAAUAAUGUUAACAAUGAUGAUGGAAACGAAAAAACUGAUACUCAACCUGUAGAAGUAGAAAGUGAAUCGAAUGAAUCAAAAAAUGGUAAUAAUGAUGACGAGGACGAUCCAGUAGAAGACGUUCGAAAGAAGCGUCAAAUAGAAGAUGAUGCUAAUACUGACAAUCAACCUUCAGAAACCGAGAGUGAAUCGGAUGAAUCAAAUAAUGUUAAUAAUGAUGAUGGAGACGAAAAGACUGAUACACAACCUGUAGAAGUAGAAAGUGAAUCGGAUGAAACAAGAAAUGGUAAUAAUGAUGAUCAGGACGAUCCUGUGGAACAAGUUCGAAAGAAGCGUCAAAUAACAGAUGAUAUCGACGAUGAUGAUAAUGAUGGCAAUGAUUCAAAUAACACUGAUGAAAGAAGUGAAACAGAACAAGCUUCUCAAAAUGAACAAGUAUUAGAUCAAUUAAAUGAGGACAACAAUGAAGAGUCAAAAAAUAUUAACAGUGACAGUCAAUUGGAUGAAAACAUUCAAUAA